AGCCAGAUCUUUCUAUUGGAUGAAAUCCAGCUGCUCAGGAUGUUGCCGCUCCUCCGGCCAGCUCAAUGGCUGGGAAGCUGCUUUCGUGGCUACCACAUGCCUGUCCCCUUUCCGCAGCAGCGUGGCGAGACGUCCUUGGUGCUGGUGGACGAGGCGCGUCGCUUCAUCCAGGACUGCCUGAUGCGGGUUGGGGUUUCUCCUUCCAAGGUGCGCUGCAUCAGUGAGUUCCUGGUGGUGGCCGACUACAGAGGCAAUUUCGGCCACGGACUCAAUCGCCUGGAUGUGUACCUCAGUGAUCUGCAGCGGGGAUACGCUAAAGUAGAUGCCGAACCCACAGUGAUAAGCGAGACGGUGGCCACUGCCCAUGUGAACGGCAACUCUGCCUUGGGCGUCCUGGUCGGGAACUUUUGCAUGGACCUGGCGGUGAAGAAGGCUCAGAGCGCAGGAAUCGGUUUCGUGGUUGCCAGGGAAUCACAUCACUUCGGGAUGGCCAGCUGGUAUGCCUUUCGUGCUGCUGUCCAGGGAUUAGCCGGAAUGGUGAUGUCCAAUUCGGCGCCAACGAUGAUGGCUCCCAACUCUAAGUCGGCCACCAUUGGACCAAAUUGCUUGGCCUUCUGCGUGAAGGGUAAGGAUUACCACUUUGUGCUGGAUAUGGCGGCCAGCAUGAGGGAUAUUGGAGCCCUGGAAUGGGCUUGCAUCAACGAUGAGUACAUUCCACAUGGUUGGGCGGCCAAUAAGGGGGGCAUUUCCACGUGUUUUCCCAACUUGGCGCUUAGGUCAUCACUACUCUUUCCAGCUGGAGGCCACAAAGGCUACUGCAUGUCCGCCGUGAUCGACCUUCUGUGCGGAGUGCUUUCCGGCGCCCAAUAUGCCACCCACAUCCCCUUGGAUCAGAGCCAACCGGCGAAUCUUGGUCAGGUAUUCAUCGCCCUCGAUCCCGCCUUCUUUUUGCCCAACUUCAUGGAGCGACUGGAUGACUUUUGUGGCCGCAUCCAGAAUAGCCAGCCGGCGGAGGAGUCCAAUCCCAUUCGGCUACCUGGUGAACUGGAGCGGAUGCAUAUGAACUACGUGGAGGACUUAAGGGCCUUGCCCUAUCCGAACACUCUUCUGACCAAGUACAAAGAUGUGGCCUUUAAGCUCUGCGUAAAGCCCAUCGAAUUGGCUUUUGAGCGGUGCCAGUCCAAGAAGAGCUUUUAGUCUUAUACGCGUUAAA